AUGAGUACUGGGAAAAAGUCUGUGGAGGGCACUUACAUUGACGAUUCUAUAACAUUCGAAUCAUUUCAUCUUGACUCUCGAUUAUUACAAGCUAUAAAAAAUAUAGGAUUCCAAAAUCCAACACUAAUUCAGUCGCACUCCAUUCCUUUAGCUUUACAGCAGAAAAGAGAUAUUAUAGCAAAAGCUGCUACAGGUUCUGGUAAGACUCUAGCUUACUUAAUUCCCGUGAUUCAAACCAUCCUAGAGUAUAAGAAAACAGUCGAUAACGAAGAAGAAAAUGGUACCUUAGGUAUUAUACUUGUUCCAACAAGAGAACUGGCUCAGCAAGUGUACAAUGUUCUAGAAAAACUAGUCUUAUAUUGUUCAAAAGACGUAAGAACUUUGAACAUAUCAUCCGACAUAUCUGAUUCUGUCUUAAAUACUUUACUUAUGGAUCAACCAGAAAUCAUAGUUGGUACACCUGGUAAGCUGUUGGACCUGCUGCAAACAAAGAUUAAUUCUAUUUCUUUGAAUGAGAUAAAAUUUUUAGUCAUUGAUGAAGUGGAUUUAGUGUUAACAUUUGGUUAUCAAGAUGAUUUGCAUAAAAUCGGCGAGUACUUACCAUUGAAAAAAAAUUUACAAACUUUCUUAAUGAGUGCAACUUUAAACGACGAUAUACAAGUUCUAAAACAAAAAUUUUGUCGUUCUCCAGCUAUUCUUAAAUUCAAUGACGAGGAAAUAAAUAAGAAUCAAAACAAACUACUCCAGUACUAUGUCAAAGUUAGCGAAUUCGAUAAGUUCUUAUUAUGCUAUGUUAUUUUCAAGCUUGGCCUCAUCAAAGGUAAGACAUUGAUUUUUGUUAAUAAUAUUGAUAGAGGUUAUAGACUCAAGCUAGUUAUGGAGCAAUUUGGUAUCAAGUCAUGUAUAUUAAACAGUGAGCUGCCCGUUAAUUCGAGGCAACAUAUUGUUGAUCAAUUCAAUAAGAACGUCUACCAGCUGUUAAUUGCUACAGAUGACACUGAGUACAUAAAAGAGGAGGAUGGAGACAUAGAGGAACAUAAUGGCGGAAACGAAGAAGAGAGAAACUUGGAAGCCGAAUCAGAAAAUGGUGAAAAGCCAAGUAAAGAAAAGAAGGUUCAAGUGAAGAAAGAUAAGGAAUACGGUGUUUCUCGUGGUGUUGAUUUUAUAAAUGUUGCAUGUGUCCUAAAUUUCGAUUUGCCAACAACGGCCAAGUCGUAUGUUCAUAGGGUAGGUAGGACUGCUCGUGGUGGUAAGACCGGCACUGCAAUUUCAUUUGUGGUCCCAUUGAAAGAAUUUGGAAAGCAUAAGCAAUCAAUGUUACAAACGGCCAAGAGGGACGAAAAGAUUCUUUCGCGAAUUAUCAAACAACAAAGCAAAUUAGGCUUGGAGUUGCAGCCUUACAAAUUUGAUCAAAAGCAAGUUGAGGGGUUCCGCUACAGAAUGGAAGACGGUUUCCGUGCUGUGACCCAGGUUGCUAUCAGGGAAGCAAGGGUGAAAGAAUUGAAGCAAGAAUUAUUGGCGAGUGAGAAGUUGAAAAGACAUUUUGAAGAAAACCCAAAGGAAUUACAAAGUUUAAGGCACGACAAAGAAUUACACCCAGCAAGGGUGCAACAGCACCUAAAGCGUGUUCCAGAUUACUUGCUUCCUGAAUCAGCUAGAGGAAAUGGGACCAAAGUUAAAUUUAUUCCGUUCUACAAUCCCAAAAAGCGUCAUCCACAUAGGAAGGGUAAAGUUAGUAAGCCAAAAAAUGGUAAAGUCGACCCGUUGAAGAACUUCAAAUGA